AUGUUCACGCCCCUCUCCACGGGAUCAGAGCGUGCACAGGAUAGGCUGUGGGACCGCGACAGGACGGUCUCACCGCUGCGUCCGGCGGUCCGGCGGCCCGCACCGCUGUCUCCACGUUCGCGUGCGGGCGUACCUUUCUCCGCGGGGUCGACAUUACCAAGCGCGCGCUCACGACGACAAGCGCGGAGAGUCAGCGAGGUACAGCCCGCCGAUGAGCGAUGGACCGACUGGUUCUUCCGACCAUCACGCGCGACGGUCGAGAUAUGGCUCGCGUCAUUCUGGAAGCGACACCUCGUGCUCACCCUCCUGCCCUGUUUUGCAGUAUGGGUGUGGGUUGCGAUGCCGUUCCCGGUCAACGAUCCUUAUAAGGAUUCACCGCUGCCCGACUGGCCUGAGUGGCCAGAUUGGCCCCACAAGAACAAGGACAAUGGCUCUGACACUGGGGGCGACGAGGAGCUUCCCCUAGACGUUAACUUCUACUUCUUCCUAAUCUGGUACUUCGGGGCUUACCUCGCCGUCGCGCUCUUCUUCAUCACCAACCUGUUCAGCCUGUACCGUCUGAACUGGUGGCCCUCACGCCUGGGCGGCAAGGCAACGUACUUCCUCAUGUGGGCUGCAACGCUUGCCAUCGGUCUGCUCGCACACCACCUCGACCUGUUCGGCCUACAUGCCCGGUGGCGCGACAAGCCCGACGAGGGCUUCGACUGGGAGCGCAAGACAUUUUGGGUUGUGCUCAGUUUCGCCGCAAUGCACCUGCCUGCAGUAGCAUGCUUCUCCAAACUCAAGCGCGACAAACGACACGUUUACCGUCAUGCUCAGCCAGUCGUACAGUAUACAUUCUUUGGGUCCUCGCUCCGCCGUGUGCCAAGCUCGUGGAUUCGGUUCCUGUGGUUCAUGGCAUGUCUCGCCAUUGCCGCCAUCUCUCUCAUUGUCGGACAGGCAUAUGCCAGCUUGUUCCUCUCCACACUCCCUCACACUUCACUAGACGCUGGUACCUGGGUGUGGUCGUGGGUGAUCACCGUCCAGCUCCUCUCAUUGAUUUCAAACUACAUCAUCGCAUCAAAAGUGCGCUCUCGUGCCCUCCUGUUUCUCUACAAGCUCUUCUUCCAACUCGUCUACCAUGUCUUCUAUCGUAAUCUUUUCGCCCGCCUGCGCUCCCCGUCGCAGUUCGCAACAGUCCAACUCCUCUCCUCAAUCGUUGUUGUCAUCAUCUUCCCAUUCCAGCUUACGCCGCUGUGGCACCGCAUGCUGCAGUUCUUCGUCGGCUACAGCCAACCCUGGAACGAGCACGCCGAGGCGGUCGCCGUCUCAUUCUACACGCGCGGCCUCGCACAAAACAUCACCAUGGUCGGCUUCCUGGGCUGGCUCAGUAUCCUCCAUUUCGGGCGCAACUCGCAGAUCUACCCCUUCUUCAAGUUUGCGCAAACCGAGGACGACCCGUACACGUUUGGGCUUACACUAAUCGCCUCGUGUGCCGUCUGGUCACUCGAGCUCAUCAGCUCGUUUGUCGCGCGGCAGAUCAUGUCACGUGGCUUCAACAUCGACGUCAGUGGCAUUGGCCUCGACGAGAUGCGGGAAUACCCCGAGCUGGUACCGGCAUGCGGCUGGGCAUCCGUCCAUGUCUCAAUGAACAUUCUCAUGUUUCUCAUCAAGCUCAACUUCCGAUGA